CACACUACUGGCCCAGCACACGCCUGUGGGGUUACUCACCAGUAUAUAUUCACUCUCACCACUCCCUCCCUCAUCAUUCUCGUGCUACCCACUUACUGCGCUACUCAUGGCUAACACCAGCUGAAAUUCUUUCACUAGGCUUUAGUUACCGUCGUGUUGCUGUUUCUUAAUCUCAAUAUAACUAGUGUUGUGUUUGUGUUAGUGAGCAGUGAUGACGGGUCGAGUGCAGAAGGUGCUGCUGCUGGACGGUAUUGAUGCUGUGUGUGCACAAGUACUGACGCAGGCCGGCAUAGCUGUCACCACACACAACAAACUCACCAAACAACAACUUCUCAAGGAAAUUGCGGACUAUGACGGAGUGGUGGUGCGCUCGGCGACGAAGGUGACGUCGGAGGUCUUGGCUGCCAGUAAGCGUCUCCAGAUCGUGGGAAGGGCUGGCACCGGCGUCGACAACAUUGACGUACAAGCUGCCACUCGCCGCGGUGUCAUCGUCAUGAAUACCCCUGGAGGCAACACCCUGUCUGCGGCGGAGCACACCUGCGCCAUGAUCUGCGCCAUGUCCCGCUUCCUGCCUCAGGCCUGCGCUGCUCUCAAAGCCGGCACCUGGGAUAGGAAGACCUACCUGGGCUCAGAGCUCCACGGCAAGACUCUUGCCAUCGUGGGCCUGGGCAGGAUAGGUAGGGAGGUAGCCAAACGUAUGCAGGCCUUUGGAAUGAUUACCAUUGGUUAUGACCCCAUAAUCCCGGAGGAGGUGACGAAGGAGUGGGGUGUGGAGUCCCUAAGUCUGGAGGCACUGUGGCCUCGGGCUGACUAUAUCACCGUGCACACGCCCCUUCUACCACACACCAAGAACCUCGUCGGUGAGGAGGUCCUGGCCAAGUGCAAACCCGGGGUGCGCAUCGUCAAUGUUGCCCGUGGUGGUAUUGUGGAUGAGGCAGCGCUACUCAAGGCUCUGGAGAGGGGCACCUGUGGUGGUGCUGCGCUGGACGUCUUUCUCGAAGAACCACCAACUGACACCACACUUUGUAGGCAUCCAAAGGUAAUAUGCACCCCUCACCUGGGCGCUAACACGGUGGAGGCGCAGCAGAGGGUAGCGGUGGAGAUCGCGCAGCAGAUAGUGGACAUGGUGAAGGGUAAGCCCCUGGUGGGCGUGGUGAACGCAGCAGCCCUCACACACGCCACCAGUCCCGCCAGCAAGGACUGGAUCGAGUUGGCUCAAGCCCUGGGCUGCCUGGGUAGCCACCUCAGCCAGCCGGCCGACACACCAGCCAGCACAGUCCAUAUUGACCUCUACGGGAGCGAGGUAAGCAAGAUGGACACCUUCCUGGGCUCUGCUGUGCUGGUGGGGUUACUGCGAACCACCUCACCGGACGGUAUCAACAUGGUGAAUGCACCUCUGCUGGCACAGGAGUCUGGCAUCGACCUCACCCACCAUGCCCACCCACACACGCCAGCGCCUCUCAUCGCCGCCCCAGAGGCACUCGUGGUCAGGGUGUCGCGAGGUGCCGACACACACGUCCUCCUGGGCGGCGCUGCUGGUGGACACGCGACGUUGUAUGCACUGGAUGGCUGUGUAUGGGAGUCCGGCCUCACGUUAAGCAAUAAUAUGCUCUUCUUCAGCGCCUCCCCCAGCGCUACCCCACUGGCCACCAUCGCCACCAAGCUGCUGGAGGGCAACAGGCAGCCGUCACUUCUCUCCUUUCUUCAUCUCCAUCCUCCAAGGAGAGGUGGCAUGUCGUCAGGACGGAUUCAGCAGUUGCCCUGGGCACCACCAGCAUCCCUGGAGCCCAGCUCAGAGCCCAAGUCACCUUUUGAGACUGUCCUCCAUCAUACCAGAAGUCGCGCUCAGAACUGACAUUGAUUCGCCCAGCCUCGAAUCAUUCUCUAACAAUAACAUCCUCCCGUUAACCACCUGUGAUGACCCACUACACUUGGUGAACCCAGAUUUUGGAUUUUUAUCUUAUCCAAAACUGUCCUAAACCCCCCGGAUGUAGCAGGAGACAUGACACUCAUCCAAAACCAAUUUGUGGCUAAAAUUUUUAUUUAUCAUAUGCAAGGGAGUAUUGUUAAUAAAUUUUACAGAAUGCGUCACAGUUCCUACGCAUAAACUAUAGCCAAUGUGCCGUCAUUAUGUAGUUGAAUUUAAAAAAAAAA